AUGGUGCGUCUGCUGAUUGAUUAUGGCGAAGAUAUUAACGCAACCACCGAAUGUAGCUUAACUGCAUUGCUUAUUACUAUUCAAAAUAAUAAAUUUGAAUUAGUAAAAAUAUUAGUGAGUUUGGCUGCUGAUAUAAAUAAAAAAGUUUAUGACGGCCACAAAUUCAUAACAUUAAUACCACUGCAUCAAGCUCUUCAACAUCCUGAUGGAAGAAUAUUCAAAUAUUUGUUGGAUACGAAAAGAGUUGAAAAGAAAGACCUCCAAUCUGCAGCUGUGCCAGCUAUACAUUGUUCGGACUCUGAAAACAAAGCAGAAAUCUUAUUACAACCUUUUUCGAGUGAUGAUUACAAAUAUCCCGAAAGCGAUAGCAUGGUAUUAAAUCUAGCGAUAAUAGCGAAAAACCAGACAGUAAUUGAUUCUUUUAUCAGCCGUAAUGAUUCCAAUGUUUCUCUUAUGAAAUGGCGUGGACAGUACCCCAUUCAUCGCGCGGUGAAGUCGAAUAAUAUUGAUUGUAUAAUCCGUUUGCUAUCUCUUGGAGCUAAAAUUGAUAUAAAAGAUCAAUUAGGAAGAACAGCACUUUAUUAUGCUGCUAAAAAACUAAACACAUCAAUCACAUUUUUUCUUCUUCGUCAAGGAGCCAAUAUCUUAGCACUUAAUAAUAGAAGAUGUCAUCGAUGGCUUGAGUUGAACAUUAUUUGGCAUAAGACUUAA